UAAAGCCCACAUUCGAUGGUGUCCGAUGAAAAUAGUACGAGAAUUGGCAGCUAUUCGUUUCCAUUUGCGGACGAGCGGACACGAACAUGGCCGCUGGUGGAAUCGCCCUGGAAUGUACCCGCCCUGCUGACCAUCUAUCUGCUGAUGGUGCGCUAUGGACCCAAGUGGAGCGCCAGGUACAAGCCGCUGCAGUUGCGAGUGCCAUUGUUCUGCCACAGUUUGGCCAUGGCCCUGCUGAAUGCCCACAUUUGCCUGGAGCUCUUCAUUUCGACGCGGGCCCUCAACUAUAGCUUCAGUUGUCAGCCUUGUCGGGUGAGCUAUAGCCCACAUGAAAUGCGUAUUGCCGCGGCCAUUUGGUGGUUCUACAUCUCGAAAAUAUUGGAAUUCGCCGACACGGCCUUCUUUAUCCUGCGGCACAAGUGGACGCAGCUGAGCUUCCUACACGUGUACCACCACAGCACCAUGUUGGUCCUGUGCUGGGUCUUCGUUAAGUGGAAGCCGACGGGUUCGACCUUUGUUCCGGCCAUGAUGAACUCCUUUGUGCACAUCAUUAUGUACGGCUAUUAUGCGCUGAGUGUCCUGGGUCCUCGCAUCCAGCGAUUCCUAUGGUGGAAGCGCUACUUGACUGGCCUUCAGCUGCUGCAGUUCACAAUCGGCUUGCUCUGGGCCACGCAGCUGGUUAUCCGGGACUGCGAGUACGGAACCUGGAUUAGUUUCACUGGAGGCGCCUACAUGCUGCCGUUCCUCUUUCUCUUCGGAAGAUUCUAUGCCCAAAACUACGGGGUAUCGGCAGACACCAAGAAAGUCAUCACUUCAACUUAUAUUGACACUUCGGAGAAAAUCAAACCCUUUAGGCAAAGGACGGGAUGAAAUAGUAAUCAUAAACUUAGCUUAAUUAUUUAUAAGCCUGGAAGUCGAC